AGCCCCACGGUGGUCUUGCAUGGGUACACUAACGACAGAAUGCGCCUGAUGGCUGCAGUGUCAUACUUUUUGUAAAAUUAAUAGUUCUUGUUUGUGACAAAGAAAUUAAUAUAAGAGUUGCCUGUGGUCGGCUGGUUGAUCUGUUCAUCUUCUAACACAGUCUUGCUAUAAAUGCUGAGCACCAUGCGUACAGAUGUCCGCGGUAAUUCAUGACAAGUGUAAUAAAAGACGAGGAGUUCGAAAGAAAUAUUGCGCGUGAUAUUCAAGUGAUUACACUGACAAACCAGCUACACAGUGACACGGGGACCAACAAAUGGCAUGGAAACGACCUGUGGACUGAGAGAAUGAUCUUCACAAAUUCCGUUAAACGCCCUUCAGCUAAACGAUGAUGAAGAUAUGACAGAUAAUUCUAUUUACACGGCAGAAAACAUAACAGAGGACAUCAAGGUGACUGGUGCGAGAGGAUCUUGACAGAUGAGAGAAAGAAUGAACAAGGAGGAUGACGUAGUGUCACAUCUGAAGAUGGAAAUUCUUCAGGAACUACGAACAUUAAUCACUGACAAUAUUGAUCCUAUGCGUCACAUGGACUUUUUACGAUCCAAAUACAUCCUGUCUGAGGAUGAUUGUGAGGAGAUUAAUGGUCUUCCUGUACGCAAGAGGCGAGCAUCCAAAUUUCUUGACAUUCUGUGCAAGAAGGGUCCACAAGCCUACGAUAUGUUUUGCAGAUCGUUGGAAUACGAACGCACCCAGAUCUUCAUCCUAAAGGAACUGAAUCAGGAGUAUGAGAAACGCAUCAGGAACUAUCGUGAAAUGUUUAGGACAGAGUCAUCAUCAACAUCUGGCAUGGAUAUUCAGCCACCCAAAUUGAGGCCACCUCCAUGUCUUCUCUCAGACAUGAAGGAAAACCUACAUUCUGGAAUGCAUGAUAGUGUUUUAACAGGUUUUAAUAUUAAAACAGAACAUGAAUCCACCAGCUUUUCAUCAGUACAAGAGACUGGUGAUGUUCAAGUUAACGACGAGAAAAUGAAGGGCCAGUCUAAAGUGCGGGAUCUUUUGUGUGGCAUCAGUGAAAGCGAAAGAUCUUUCCCCUCACACACUAGCUCUGGCAUGUCAGCAACAGAACAUGAAGAUAGCAGCCAACCAAAGCCCGGAAUAUUUUCACGGGGGACAUCUUAUGAGGAUACCGACCCCUCUGUUGUCCCAUUGGUAACGGAUGAGGAUGCUAUCCAUUAUCAAACUGUAGACUCAACAUGUGGUUGUGGGAACAGAAAGCAUCAGGAAUCUCAUGAGACAAACAGAAAAUGUCUUACACAGACUCAAGAAAGAUUGCCAUACCAGCACAAAGGCUCUCCUGAUGAAGAUGAUGAACCCGAUGAAGAUGAACAUGCAUUCUUUUCAUCACUUCCACAGUCAUAUAUAGAGGUCCCUAGACCUCAACCAUUACAGUGCAGGACUAGCAAUGAUUUGUCUGCCCUCCCUGAAACAUUGUCAGAACCUUCUGCCUUCUGGAAACAGGAGGGGGAGUCUGGGAAUGAGAGCAGCAAUCAGAGAGAUUCAGGAUUUUCUUCAAGAUCAUCUCAGGAGAUUGUUAGCAGCGUUGAAGGAAACAUUUCAUGUGAAAAAGCAGGUUUGUCUGCAGAGCCCACACCAUAUCAGGCAGAUGGCAGUCAGUUGUCAAUGAAUGGCAACUUGAACCACCCCCAGCUUAAAUUAGGACUUGGUGGUCUCCCUGAGUUCCUCAGCAUUAGCAAACAUUCAGAUAUGGAGGAGGAAGAUUAUAGUCAGUGCUAGCACACCCUUUGGGGCUGCUGCAGGGUUUGUUUGCAAAUGGCUUGUGCUAACCAAACAUGUUACAAAAUUCAGUGGACAUGACAUAAUCAAAUUAUUCACUUUAUUUAACCCAGCAGUUUUUAGAAGACCUGAUAAUUUUUGUUUUUGUUUUCCUUCCUUCAUUCAAAAUGAUACAACAGUAUCACAUUUGUGUCAGUAAUAACAAAAGGAAAUGUUUUGAAUAAAACUAAUAGGUUUAUAAGCGACUCUUAAGCCAUGCUAAGUUGCCUUAAUUGGAUACAGAUGAUUUUGGACAGUGUGCCAAAAUGGCAGUUGGGUGGGUGGGUAAUCUGACGAGCCCACAUGGAUGUUACAGUUUAUUUACUCAUAAACCUGCUGCCAUCUUUGUACAGAAUGUAAUUUUCAGGGAAAUCUGCACUGGUGCUGUAACCCUUCUCUUUUCACGUCAUCUUGCAGUAUGAAGGAGGAGGUGCCAUUGCCCCUUAUAUCAGGCUCUGGUCUUCAGAGCCAAAGGUUAACAGUUCAAGGCUCUGCUUGGCCUGUGACUAGAGGACUGCUUACCCUUAUAGAUACCUGGGUUUUAAGGAAGGUGAAAGUAGGUGUGAAGGUUUUGGCCUCCUCCUCUCACCUCUGACCUGUUGUGCCUUAGACACAACUAAACUUUUCAGCUUGACAGGUGAACGCUAACAGCUUAAGCAUGUUUAUUGUUGCUAUUUUAGCUGCCCCAAAUUGAGUAAUAAUAAAUGAAUUGCAGAUAUGUUCAUUGUGUUCAAAAAGCCAAGUUAUUCUGGAUUUUAUGAGUUUGGCUUCACUGCUUGUCUUUGUUAUUGUUGUGGUAAGUUAGAAUAUAGAUCAUUGCCAUCUUUGGGAAAUUAACUUUCCUGAUUUAUGAGUAACAUCAGUGAACAAUGCCUGGGUUGAUGUGGGUGACUGUAAAUCCUUUUCCACAUCCAGUUAAAUUCACUAGCAUUUUAAUCAAUGUUUAGAAAUAAGAUGCUCAAUCAAAUUAGGCCAGAAUUGUACAUAGGUAAAAUGAUAUUUGUUAAUAGGACUAAUUCCAUUUUAUCAAAAGUUUAUUAUUAAAUGCUGUUGUACCUGUUUUGAGAUAUUUAAGUUUUUGUUCCCUUUUCAUACAGGAUUGAUUUUGUUAUAACUGUUACUUAUUGAUUUAAAAAAAUUGUUUUUUAAUAUGGCCUUCUCCAGUUAGUCUGAAAUUUAGUCCAUGCAAAAAGAGAAGAAGCACACAAUUUAAAGGUUUUUAAUGGUUUUGUACAAAGUCAUUUGUAAUCUGGUGCAUUUUUACACAUAUGAUCACACAACUUUGCAAUGUGCCAAGCCUUUAGGAAGAGAUGGAAAGGGUGGGAAGAUCUAAGCAGAGACAAUUUGGCAGCUCAGUCAGGGAGUUUGUUGAUUGCAGUGCUUUUCUCAAUUUAUUGAAGACUGGAUUGCUGUAAGCAAGAUUUUGUUUUCUUGUUGAAGUUAGUUUUGCUGUUUAUGUGCUUCAAUCAGCAUUGUACAUUUAGUUGUUUUUUUUUUUAAAGAAUGCAGCAAGGAGAGAUAUGAUUAGUUUGUGGUCUGCUAACUUCAUGAAUAACUUGGUGUCAACCACCUUUUUUGGAUUUAAUUUCAAACAUUUCGUUCCUGUCUAAUUGUUUUGUAAGAUACAGAUGAUGCGUGACUGAUCUUUUUAGUAGGAUAGUGUCAUAUUGUUUUUGUGGUCACUGAAACAGGUUAAAUUGUCAAGGAAACAUAACUUUUCCUGAUUAUGCUUUCCUUGUGGAUUUUAGCUAUGAAGAUCUGCCUUUCAGUUUUGUAAAAUGUGCUAUCACACCUGAUUUAUUUCUCUAGCAAAUACUUUAUGCAGGUAUCCAUGCGUGUAGUUUAGGGUUGUGGAAAAACCCUGCUUUCUAAAAAUCAUAGAAUACAAGGUUUCUGCAAUAGUGGCUCAAUAGAAAGCACUAUUAGUCCCUGUUUUUUCAGUUUCUUUCCUUUCAAAGUUUUUACAGGGCUGGUUGCCAUGCCGUGAUAUAGCCUUAGUUGCUAGCUUGGCGUAAUACACCAAUUUCCCACCCCCACUCCUUUUCAAGUUAGAAAAACAAAUGAAUCUCCCCGUCUCUUCUUUCUCAGAAAUGAAAUUAAUCAUGUACAAAUGCUUGUUGUUUGAAAUAAAUGUUAGUUUUAAAUGGUUUUCUGUUUAGUUUGAAACCUAUUCAUUAUGUGUAAAAUAUUACUAUAAGUGUGAUGUCAGUCAACAGUUAUAUAUCGAGAUGAAAUCCCAGAUGUUUGCAGCAGUCAUUUUUGAAGUUUUUUUGACAAGAUGCUUCUAAAGAUGCAGAAAUUUGCUAAAGGAAAUGCAAUCAAUUUUUAAUGUACUUAAAAAAGUAUUUAAAGGUACCAUGUGUGGAACACCUAAGAAGUGUGUUAAUACUUCUGUUUUAUCAUUAAUUUGCUUAGAUGCUGUUUUUUAAAAAUUAUUUACAGGAUUUGAUAUAGAGAUCAAUUAGAUCUGGGUUUUUUAAAAUAAAGAUACAUGUGACAUAGGGAAGUAAUAUCCCUUUAAUUAGGCAGCAUGCUGAUGUUUCUUUCAUCCUUGUUCAUUUUAUGAGAUGUUUACCAUAAACAUGGGACUGCCCAGAUAAACGAGACACCGAGAGAGAAAUGCUCUUCUAAAAUUAAUUGUUCACAUUUUUAUUAUGAUUUUGGUGCAAGUUAUGGAAUAUUUUACCUAUGUUACAAUGCUCCACCCAAAUAGCAACAGUAUUAGUGUGCAUCUAACAGAUUUUUACUGUUACUACUUUCACUGAAACAUGAUCUUUGAUAACAGAAUAGCCAAUAUUAUUCAGAUUUUUAUAUUACAUCAUAAUGCAGUUAAACAGAUUUUGAAGACCCUGUCCAAGUUUCUAGAAUUUUUUCUUGCUGUUUUUGGACUGAAUAUUUUCUUUGUGCUCUCAGUACUUAUGACAGAUAUGAAAAUAAUGCUUUGAAGAAAGUGCAGGAGAAAGGAUGUGCGAGUGUGAGUGGGGGGAAAUAUAUUUGAAAGAUAUCGCAUCAAUUGUCAUUUUGCUACAUUAGUGGAUUUUUGUUCACUUGUGUGUGCCUCAUAUUCUUGUUCCUUUUCUGAUGCAGGCUUGGUUUCUGAAAUGAAAUGGACGUACUUA